AUGGAUGAGGCCCGCGCGCUGCUGGAGCAGCUGAUGGGUCGGGAACGGGACAUUCCUGUGGACAAGAGGACAAACCGUUCCAGGAAGAUCUGGGACGACGACAUCUGCAAGCCGUACCUCUGCGGUCUGUGCCCGUACGUGGACUUCAGGAAUACAAGGAGCGAUCUCGGCGAGCACCCACCGAACCAGGACCACGAUCCCGACGUCAAGGCCCAGUGGGACAAGCUCUCCGAGGACGAGAAGGACAAGUACGGGUACGAGCGGGAAUUGAUGACGUACCUGAUGGAUCUCGUGGUCACCUGCGACCGAAGGGUAGAGAAGAACAAGGAGCGCCUAAGGCUUGAGCAGGGUGACGAUAACGUUAAGGACAGCCAGAUCGCCAGGUUAAUCGACAUGGAGAGAGUUAUGAGCGAGAAGAUGGAGCUGUCGGAGAAGCAGGCGGAGGAGGGGCUCGUCGACGAAGCGCAGGCCCUCCUUGCCGAGGUCGCGCGGAUGCGGGAGCACAAGAGCGCGAUCGAGAAGCAGAUGGCGGAGAAAAACGAGAACAGCAAGAGGGACAUCGUGUGCGAGGUGAGCGGCAACAUCAUGCUGGUGUCGGGCAACAUCCUUUCCUCCGCCGAGAACGAGGAGCGCAUCCGGUGCCACUUCCAGGGCAAGCAGUACCUCGGCUGGAAGGCCGUUCGGGACAAGCUCAAGGAGCUCAAGGAGAAGUUCGAGAACAAGCCCAUCAGGGAGAGGAGCAGAGAAGUUGGAGCAAGUGGAGGAGGAGGGGGGGGGGGAGAUCGAGACCGUGAGAGGGACAGGUCAAGAGAGAGGGCACGAUCUAGGGAUCGCGGGCGAUCGCGGGACCGAUCCCGUGACCGUUCCCGAGAACGUUCCCGGGACCGUUCGCGAGACCGGGGCAGGGACAGGGGCAGAGGCAGAGACAGCAGAGACAGAGGCAGGGAUCGGGAUAGGGAUCGGGAUCGGGAUAGCCGCGACAGAGGUCGGUCGUCCUACCGCGGGGGGGGGGACCCUGAACCCUUCCCCCCGCCCCCCCCCUCG